AUGGAGGAGAAUUUCAAAAAAUUACAAAAGGAUAAACAAAAUACAGUUGAUAAUCUUAUAAAAUGGUUGAAGGACUGCAAAAUCAUCGAUGGCAAAAAUGUGACAGAAGAUAAGGCGCGAAAGCUUUUCGACGAUGUUGCUGACGCGAAAAAUGUGGAGUUCAAGAAAUUCCAAGAUGCUGUCACAAAAUUAGCGGCUGGCCAGCAGAAAAACGUGGAUGCGUUUAUGAAAUCCUUAGCUGAUGAGGCUCCGAAGGUUCUAGAAGCGGUUGCAGCGGCUGCGAGCGCUUUGAAGGAAGCGCUUAUAAAGAAAUAA